AUGCGACUCUAUUGGAAUUUACUGGCAGCGAUGUUGCUGCUGGGCAGCACAGCUUGUGGUUUGAGGCCGCCCAGGUCUUACUACAGCCGUAGUUACUACAGUUCUGUAGCCCCUCCAGCCAGUGCACGUCUUUCACCGCCAUAUACUAGUUAUACACGCGCCGAUCUGCAGACCAAUGAGAGCAAGCGGCGCGAAGUGAGCAAUAACUAUCCCAAGAAAACCAGCUAUAGACCCUUUAGAUCGGAAGACGACUAUUCCAAUGAGCGCUACAACUCCGCUGAAUAUUCCAGCGAGUCCUCAGUGCAUGGGGGCUACAAUUCUCACGAGCAGGAUAGCCGCGAGUACACCAUAGGCACCCAGAUACGUGUCCAACAUCCCAUCACAGUGCCCAAAAAAGCCACUUCCACAUACCAAUAUUCUAAACAACAACCAACUAAAUACGUGCCUAUUCCCUACAAGGGCAGUAGUGCUGCCUACUUAUCCGAUGUCAAUAUUGGCUCUGCCGAAGAACAUGUUCCCGAACCACCGAAGCGACAUAAAUACACAGAGGUGCACUACGAACCGGAUCCAUUCCAUUUGGUGCCACCACCCAAGGCGACAGUGUCUUCCAAAAGCAAUUCCUACAGCGUUUUCGAACCGGAUCAUGAUGAUUACGAUGUGAGGCCGGUGAAAAGCCACGAUCGCUAUAAGGGCGUGGCAUCGAAGAAGCAAAUCGCAGCAUUUCUCGAGGAUCAGCAGAAGCUACUCGAUGAGGCCAUCAAAUUGCAGCUCCUGAACAAUCCGAAGCUGCACAAGUUCUUGAAAUCGAAAGCGAAUGAGCCGCGACCUGAUUUGGAUAUUGAGGAUUUUGAAUCAUAUCCGCCCAAUUUCUCAGGGCCCUUACGUAACACAUAUAGCCACGAGCAUUCACCACCACCUCAGAGCAACCGCCCACGUCCACGUCCACCGGGUGUGGAACUGAAAAGGUCGCCCAAGGCGAAGCACAUUAUCAAACCGAAGCGGAAGUACAGAUCUACAGCGUUGGUCAUAAAUGUGUGA